AUAGUAGGAGAUAGCGGUGAAUCGACGAAAAAUCAACCCAGUACCUCGACACACCACCUGGACUACAGUUUGCUGUAUUUUGGUUAAAGAGACUGGCUUAAAAUACGAGGAGAUAUAUGCCAUAAUUGGGGUUUAAUCUAUAAUCUUCGUCUCACAUAAACGCGCUGGCGCAAGGCGAAUAACAACUGGAUUUGGGACGUAGGUCAAGAUGAUUAUUUAUUUUUGCAUUUUUUCCAACAGUGGCCACAUCUCUAAUCGACCGUUAACCUUUGCACACAAAUAUAACCUAUAACCUGCCAUCAUCGAUACACGAUUACGAUAGGAUUUGCAGAUUCUGUAGGAAUCAAUGAAAAUCAUUUCUAUGAUUUUCUAUUCGCACAGGGUCUGAUUUAGUUGUCAUUUUUUCUGAAGCUAAUUAAAGUGCAAUAACAUUAUUGGAUAUAAAGAAGAAGAACAGCCACAGAAUAACUUUUGCGAUCUAUGGGUUGGAGGUCGUUGCUGGGCUUUAACUUUCCACUAGGUGACUUUAACCACUCAGACUACUUCCUUAAACUAUGGACCAGGACGCAUCUAUUUUCUCAUUACCAUUCUCCCUAUAGCUUCACUAUGAGAAAGGUAUGUCUCGGAAAACCGUGGACUAUAACAAAGGGAACUGAAUCUCUGAAGUUUUCUUUAUGCGAACCAAUGGCCUGAACGCUUUCAAACGAGAAUGCGCAUCCACCAUGUCCGACGACAAACACUCUUCCACGGACGGCUUUCUUACCCAGGAGUACGAGGAAUGGAUGUCCCGUUUACCAGAGGAGCUGUGGGACAUCCCAUUAUCCAACCUAGCCAUACCGGGCAGCCACGACGCGAUGAGCUACUGUCUGGAUAUGAAGUCCCCCAUGGUCCAGUCCCAGCCCAUCCUCAUCAGACUCCUAGACCGACUGUUCAGGUGCUUCUCGCGGCCCGUGAUCCUCAGGUGGGCCACCACGCAGCAUAAAAGCAUCGGGGACCAACUUCAUAUGGGGAUCCGAUACUUCGACCUCCGCAUCGCACGGAAACCUCACGACUCCUCCAACUACCUUUUCUUCACUCACGUCAUUUACUCACACCUAUCCGUUUUGGAGACGCUGGCGUCUGUGGCCACAUGGUUGGAGUCCCAUCCCAGGGAAGUGGUGAUCCUGUCUUGCAGCCAUUUUGAGGGAAUGAGCGCCAAAGUUCAUGAGUCCUUCAUUCUGUCCCUCAGGAAAUUGUUUGGCUCCAAACUCUGUCCCAGGAUGGAAGCAGUGCCAACCUUGAGGAGUCUGUGGUCCAAUCGUUGGCAGGUACUGCUGUCCUACGAGGACCAAUCAGCAGCCAGAUAUCCCGAGCUCUGGCCAGCCAUCCCCUACUGGUGGGCCAAUCAGCCGACGGCACAGGGCGUCAUCAACUACCUUGACGGGCGGAAAGCCAUGGGGCGCCCAGAUGGCUUGUUUGUGUCGGGGCUAAACCUGACGACAAACCUGUGCUUCAUGGUCCUGGAGUGGGACCAGUCCCUGCGGACGCUGUCCCAGGAGAACUGGGAUCAGCUGAGCGUCUGGCUUCAGAAGCAGACCCCCGGCUAUUCCCUCCAGAGCCUCAACAUCAUCGCAGGGGACUUUGUUGGGCCCAUCCCCUUCUGUCCCCUGGUGAUCGCUCUGAACCAGAGAUUUCUCCUGCACACCAAGUAGAUGGUUCCAUCUUAUUCUCUCUUAAACUCUACCCUAAAACUGCCAUUAAACCCUAUCCUUAAACGAUACGGUUUAUCCAUAGCCUUAAACCCUUUCUGUUAAAGUCUGUCAUCAAAGAACAAAUGCUUUGUCUACCGUAUUUCAACCACUUCCAAAACCCUUCCCUUAAACCCUGUCCUUAAUGAACAAAGGUUUGGUCUACAGUGUUUAAUGGGUAAAAUAUAUGACGAUUGAAAUGAGGAUGGUGAUCAUGAAGGAAGUUAAUCAUGAUAUAAUUGUCUCAAUAUAAUAGAGAUAUUACUACACUCCUGAUGGCCUAAGAAUUAGGUAAUUUUAAAGUUUUUAACACUAGAUGUAUUUUAUUCAGUUUAUCAACCACUUGUAACAUGUAAUUUAAAAGUUCAUAUUACAUGAAAGAUGUGUAUAAAUGAUAGUUUUUAUAAACUGUAUUCAUGUGCCAGCAUUAAAUAAAUGACUAUAAACAAUAAUGUUUGUACCAA